AUGUCUUCCAAUGCCAGGCCGACGGAGAUCGCCCACAUCCAGAUGGGUUACAUUCCUGUUGUGAUCGACUCCGCCGUCAUCGUUGUGAGGCUGCUGAACGGCAACCCGCACACCAAGCAGUACGUGUUCCGGGGUCUCAUGACCGACAGGAGGAUGCAAGCGCUUGUUAUUGUUGUGAACCACCAGAUGAGUCCUGGCGCGUACCUUGAUCUGACCUGCAAAUGCUCUUAUGUGCAAAAUCUGUUCGGUCUCGUUGCUCUGGCCUCGAUGAGUCAAGAUGCAACGGAUUCGCGACCAAGAGUUGUGCAGCUUGCGAGGCAGAAAUUGCCACAGAAGCGUGUGGUCCAGACGCGCUCUCCAUUCGUGUGCCCGCCUUGGAUGGCAGUUGGGCAGUCAUGCGUGUGGUUUGGGCACCACGCCCUCCGACCAGGCUCCAGCCGCCGUUUCCGACAAAGCAAUCCAGGUGCAGGGUAA